CUAUUCCCAAAAAUAAUCGUUCGAAGAAGAAGACAAAAACUGGGCGAGAGUGAAACUUUGGACACUAUUUAAGCCUCAAAUUUUACCCCUCAGUGGAUUUCACUGCGAUUUAAGCUAGAAAAACGAAUCGGACAUCGUGAGGCGAUUUGACAGAACAGAAAUACACUAUACAGAGGUCAGUAAGUAAACGUCAAAGUUACGUGUUGACUGCUGCUAAAGCUUUGUAGCUAGGGUGGAUACAGUUGCGCAGUCCAUUGAAAACUUUCUGCGCUUUUGCGUAAAGUUCAGGAGGAAUUGAUUAACUAUGUAGUUGACGUUUUAACGAAAUACAGAUGUGUCGAGAAACUCAACAGACCUCGAUCCACACAAUAUUUACUGUUUGGAUGUUGUUAUUCUUCUCAAAUGUGUGCGUUGAGUGAUAUGAAAGUUUCGCUCAUUUCGCUAACUUUGGAGAACACACCCACUGAAGAAAAACUGUAAACUAACUUAACUCUUUUGGUUUCACUCAACUUAAAGUAGUGUUUUAUCAAGACGAAUUGGUUAGAAAAGUAUAAAAAUGUAUUUAAGGGGAACCUUCUCUUCAAACUUCACGGCCACUGUCGACAGCAAGAGAAACAUUAAAAUCAGGCAUUUUUAAAAAGGGGUUUAGUCAUGUCUGUUUUAGAAUAAAUAGGAAGCCGAGUGUAUCAUUUACAUGUCGGUCCAGGCUCUUAGAUAGUUGAAGAUUUUAUCGAACAGUGAAUACAGUGGCUAUAAAAAGUCUACACACCCCUGUUCAACUGCCAGGUUGUAGUGAUGUAAGAAAAUGACGGCAAUAUAAAUAUUUUCACAACUUUUUCCACCUUUAAUGUGACCUAUAACCUGUACAAUGCAAUUGAAAAACAAACUGAAACCUUUAAGGGGAAAAAUAGAAAAGUUAAAAUAACCUGGUUGCAUAAAUAUGCACACCCUUAAACUAAUACUUUGUUGCAGCACCUUUGGCUUUUAUUACAGCACUCAGUCUUUUUGGGUAGGAGUCUAUCAGCGAGGCACAUCUUAAUGUGGCAAUAUUUGCACACUCUUCUUUGCAAAACUGCUCCAAAUCUGACAGAUUGUGAGGGCAUCUCCUAUGCACAGCCCUCUUUAGAUCACCCCACAAAAAUGUUCAAUGGGAUUCAGGUCUGGGCUCUGGCUGGGCCAUUCCAAAGUCUCAAUCUUAUUCCGGUGAAGCCAUUCUUUUGUUGAUUUAGAUGUGUGCUUUGGGUCAUUGUCGUGCUGAAAGAUUAAGUUCCUCUUCAUCUUCAUCUUUCUAGCAGAAGGCCGCAGGUUUUGUGCCAACACUGACUGUUAUUUAGAACUGUUCAUAAUUCCCUCCACCCUGACUAAGGCACCAGUUCCAGCUGAAGAAAAACAGCCCCAAAGCAUGAUGCUGCCACCACCAUGCUUCACUGUGGGUGUGGUGUUCUUUUGGUAAUGAGCAGUGUUGAUUUUGAGCCAAAUAUACCUUUUGCAAUGACGCCCAAAAAGUUCAACUUUGGUUUCAUCAGACCAUAACACAUUUUCCCACAUGCGUUUAGGAGAUUUCAGAUGUCUUGUUGCAAAAUUAAGCCAGGCUUUGAUGUUUUUCCACCCUACCCCAUAGCCCAGACAUAUGAAGAAGACAGCAGGAGAUUGUUGUCUCAUCUACUACACAGCCAGUACUUGCCAGAAAUUCCUGCAGCUCCUUCAGUGUUGCUGUUGGCCUCUUGGCAGCCUCCCUGACCAGUUUUCUUCUUGUCUUAUCAUCAAUUUUUUUGUUCUGUUCUUGAUAAUAUCACCGUUGUGCCAUAUUUUCUCCACUUGAUGAUGACGGUCUUCACUGUGUUCCAUGGUAUAUUUAAUUCCUUGGAAGUUCUUUUGUAGCCCUCACCUGACUGAUGUCUUUGAAUAAUGAGAUCCCUCUGAUGCUUUGGAAGCUAUCUGGGGACCAUAGCUUGUGCUGGAAGAUGUGGCUACAAAAAUGUCAGGAAAAGCAACUAGAACAGCUGAACUUUAUUUGGGGUUGAUCAGAGGAACUUUAAUUGGUGACAGGUGUGUGCUGACUCCAAUUUAACCUGAGUUUGAAUUUUAUUGGUUAAAUCUGAACACAGCCACAUCCCCAGUUAUUGAAAGGUGUGCACACUAAUGCAACCACAUGAUCUCAGUUGUUUAUUUUUAAUUCGACUCCCUGAGAGAUUUCGGUUUGUUUUUCAAUGGUGUUGUACAGGUUACAGGUCACAUUAAAGGUGGAAGAAGUUGUGAAUUUAUUUAUCCUGAUGUAACUUUUUUACAUGACAAAAACCUGGCAGUUGAACAGGGGUGUGUAGACUUUUUAUAUCCACUGUACAUCUAUAACAGGGUUAAAUCUUAGUGUAAUAACUGUAAUACUGACAAAAGACACUGCAAAAAUAUUGAGUGUAUUCAUUCAGAGUAGGUGCAGAGUCAGAAUCACGUCCCACAUUAAUACUGUUAAAUAUAUUAGUAGUAUUUCAGUACAUUCCAAACCAUUUUUUCUACUUCUACUUGUGUGGAUUAACAGACAUGUAUUUCUACUUCCACACUAGCAGAAUGUCAUGAUCCACAGUACCUUUACCAAAGUGGAAUAUUUUAGUUUUCUUCCACCCCAGAAUUGAUAUUAAGAUACAAGUUUGACACAAACAAGAAGGGAAAUUAUAUUAAGUCAUCAGAGUUAGAAAAUAAAAGAAAUGAAGUACAUUUGGACAUCAGUGGCAGAAAUUGAAUCUUUGUUGUGUCACUGUUUUUAAGGUCAGAACAAAGCAAGAUAUAUAAGUGAAAUAAAUAAACCACCUAUGUUUCCUGAUUGAGCCCUAAUUGGUUCCUUUAAACACUGAUGUGCCCCCUGCCCAGCCUUUUUGGCAUCCUACUUGGUCACAUUGCUUUGAUUUGCUGUCUUGGAUUAUGUCAACCUUUGGCGCCUCUACUGAUGUAAAGCUGAUAUAGCACGGCCUCUCUAUGGCUCCUGAAAAGCAUGGCACGUUAAGCUUGUGCACUCCGGGAAUCACUUUGUUUUUGCUCUGUAUUGUCACGCCCCUUUCUGAGCGUGACCACAGAAACAGUCUGUGAAGCAGAGGCUUUACAGUUAUAUGAGUGUGACCUUUUGGAGCACAGUUAAUAAGUUCAUUGCUGCAUCCUUACUCUGUAGUUCUUUACACACUUUUCCAGCCCCUCUUUACAUUUACACAUCUGUGUGUUGUUUUAGGAAUGAUCUGGAGCAGUGAGAGUUUGUGGCGGCUUCAUCAGUAGCUGUCAUCACGGCGGGGGACCUCCGGACCUCCGUCUGCAGGGUGGUCAUCUACCUCCAAAGGGACAUGUCUGGGGACAGCUGCCUGCCCCAGCCUCAUACCCAGUCCCUCUGCACCUCCCCAGCUCCUUCUCUGGCCUGUCCCAAGACCAAGACCUGCAGCUAUCAAGGAGCAGUGGGCUUGGGUAACAAGUAUGUGCGGCUCAAUGUGGGCGGGACGCUGUUUUACACCACGCUGCAGGUGCUGACCAGGCAGAACUCCAUGCUGAGGGCCAUGUUCAGCGGGAAGAAGGAAGUGUUCACUGACAAAGAAGGUAGAGCCAGUUCUGUUCAAGUCCAUUCACACUGAUGUAAAACAAACACUACAACAGCUGUCCCUCAGAAUCACCGGAGUCUGUCUUUUGGGUCAUUAUAUUACGCCAGUGUCGUUAAUGUAAUUGGAAUGUAGUGAGAACCCACUGGUGAUGAUUUGAGCUGGUCCUUGGAAAACUGAGUGGGUUCCUCAAUAAAAUCGUUGUUUCCUUUUUUUUUCCUGUUUUGUUUGGGGCUCUGAGACUUUGCAUGUCACCAAACUCCACUUCAGGUUUUGGCAUAUUCAUGUUGUGUUUGUUUUUUUUUGCUCAGGUUGGAUCCUGAUUGACCGCAGUGGGAAACACUUUGGCAGCAUCCUAUGUUAUCUGCGUGACAGCACGGUCACUUUGCCUAAAGGCCGUCAGGCUGUUCAGGAGCUGCUGGCUGAGGCAAAGUAUUACCUCAUCAGGGGUCUGGUGGAGCUUUGUCAGAACACCCUGCAGGUCAGUGUCUCACAGACAGCUGUGCUGAUGGUUUAAAUAUGAAGGAUUUAACAUUUUGUUUAUUAAGUAAGGAUGCUGAUUUUUUUCAAACUCUUUUUGGCUAAUACACAUACUGAAGUACUCACAUCUUUUUUAAUGAACGAAAGUUUCUCCUUGUUGUGUAGGAAUUUGUGAAGUUUUAAAUCCAAACUUUCACACAAAGUUUUUUAAUUUUUACUGUUAAUGGAUAUUGCUUCCAAGUAUAGAUUAUUGGUCCCAUGAUCAGUAUCAGCCCUAAAAAACGAUUUCUGGCGGCCCCUAAACAAUAUAUAUUAAUAAGUUAUUUUUUAAACAGAGCCAUAAUGAUACCAUGAGCUCUAUGCAUAGAAAUACACAGACAGAUAUUUGUACAGAUGUUGUACAGUCUGUUGUGAAACCAGACUUAUAACAAGAUUACCCAUAAUUGAUAAAUUAUUUCUUUUACAAAUAGAGUCUUUCAGUGAUGCACCUGCUAUCUGUUUAUAAUACUUCAAAAUACUCGAGACAGUCCACAUGUUGGUAUGCAUAAGCUGUGUGCAUAAUUAAUGUGCCACUUUUUUGGCUGAUGAUUAAAUCUGCACACAUUUUUAUACCUGCUGAUACUCAUAAUGAAUUAUAAGCUACUAUCUGCAGAUACUGAAAUUAUACUUGUGAUAUUGUGCAUCACUAUCUACCAGCAGAACUGUUGUGGUUUAUAAUGUUCAUCUAAAUUUGCAAAAUAUAUCCAACCACCAUCACAAAAAUUCUCCAAAUACUAGUUUGAAUGAAUUUAAGGGGGAGACCAAUUAUCUUCCUGUAUUGUGUUCAGCCAGUUAUCUAUGUUGGCCUUUUAUUUUAAGACGUCCAGUACUUUUAACUGAUUAAAAGUGUGUUCUUGUGGCUACACUGUUAUUGUGUAUUUCCCUCUACGUCUGUUUUCUUCAACCACUUUGUCUAACCUAAUAUCCCUUCCACUGUAAGUGUAGCGGAUUAACUACUAACUUUCAGUUUGUCGUGUUCAUGUUUCUAAGUUUUAAAUUGGAAUUUGUAAAAAUUUAAAUUCUAAACUCACUGUGUUCAAAAGUUUGUGAAUGAGCAAUACUGUCAUGUAACGCAUAGAGAGAAAGGUGCAUGAAGCUGUAUCAACAGGUUGUUUGGAUGUCUGCUUCUCCGUCUGGCCCCUGUGCUCUUUAAACAUGCGGAGGACUAAGCUGGUAUGGGCCCACCAGGCAGUGGUGGCACUUUAGGCUGAUAUCUGUCUGUUGUUUAUGGUUGACAGGACAAUAAAGAGCAGCCUGUGUGUGUUAUACCUGUGAUCACCUCAAGGAAGGAAGAGGACAGACUCAUCCAGUCUUCUUCAAAGGUAAACACAGACCAUGGCGAGAAUUUAUUCCUUUAUGAUGACCACAUAUUAUGUCACAGGAGAAAAACAAAUCAGCAUUUAAACAAAGGAUGUCAAUGUUAGAUCUUGUUCCAGUGCUAUAGUUACCUGUGAGAAAGGAUCAAGACUCUUAUAUUCUUAGAAAUCUACCUGAAUAUGUCUAGAACUUAAUUUUCCCUACUUCCCCCUGUCAAAGAUGAAUAGUGCAUUAUUGGAUGGAGAUCAUUGUUGUCACUUUGAAGUAUUAUAAUAAUAAAAUUCAAAUGUUUAAACAUCUGCUUUCUCCUCUGUUAGCCUGUGGUGAAACUGCUGUACAACAGAAGCAACAAUAAGUACUCCUACACCAGGUAAGAGACGCUCUCUCUAGAGAUUUGAGGAAAAUCGUUCAUUUCUUCUUCAAAGUGCUCACUGAGGGCAAAAGAGAUUUUUCCAGAGGAUAAGAGAGAAGAGCCUCAGGCUACAGCACGGAGUUAAUCAUUAAAGAGCUUCUCCUCCACCUCUUCACAGUAACUCAGACGACAACCUGCUGAAGAACAUCGAACUGUUCGACAGGCUGUCUCUCAGCUUCAACGGCCGUGUCCUCUUCAUCAAAGACGUGAUCGGGGACGAGAUCUGCUGCUGGUCGUUUUAUGGUCAGGGACGCAAGUUGGCUGAGGUCUGCUGCACCUCCAUCGUCUAUGCCACAGAAAAGAAGCAGACCAAGGUAAAACCUGGGGCCCUCCUUUUUUUAAUUUUGGGGUGCAAUAACUGUUAAUGUUCAGUAAAAGUAGGUGCAGUAUAACAUUGCUGUGGGAGUUCUUCCCCAACAGUGCUUUUUAUGCCACUGACAGGCUCAGAUUUCUGUUGUAAGUAUCUAUCAAUACUAGAAAAAGUUCAAUUUAUUAAUAGACUAAAUUUGUGUAAAAAAAAAAACCUUGAUGUAGCAGAAACGGUUGUAAAACAGCACUCACAAAAGCCACCGGACUCUAUUUGCAUUCAGAGCGGUCUUACUUUGCAGAAUAAAGGGUGUGCUGGGUACCACUGCCUUGAUUGGUUAGUUUGUUAGGUGUGUAGUGCAGAUGUAGCAACCUCAAGUCUGCUUUGUGGACAAGUAUGGUGCAGUUUUCUUUGAAUAACCAGCAUCAAAAUUCAAGAUUUAGCAAAACUCUUGACAGUAAAGUAUUUUAUUUUUCCAUUAGAAUGGACCAGUCACUUUAGUUGAUUACAUUGGGGGAUAUAAAGUCAAAAGACCACCUUAAUGGGUAGCUGCUGGGCUGACGUCACAUCCUUCCCACUGAACAAAUCACACAUUAAAGUUACUGAUCAAGAGCUGACGAUCUCUCAGAUGGGUACAGGCCAAAGCAGAGCCAGAUUUCUCUGUUGAUUUGAAACAGACACUUGAAGAUUUGAAAAGUUCAAUAACUUUUGUUUCGGUGCUGGUUUCAUUUUUCCUCCUAUGCUCUGUUUAUUUAUCACAAAACACUGCAGCAGGCCACAUCUAUCAACAGAGCUGUCAGUCAUGAUGCCACAUCCCCUCUUUUUAAGAAUUAAAUAUCUAUAAUAACUAAUUUCUUUAGAGCAUAAGCACUUGAACAUAAAUCAAGUUAAAAAGAAGUACAUUUAGUGACAUAAACCAUGUUUGAGAAAAAAUUGCAUUGUUCGGCCACUGUGCCUUCUGUGAAUUUGGAGCAGACUGGGUUUGUGACAGUUACUACAGCCAGCCAGCAGAGGGAGCUCCAAAUCCUUUUGCUUCACAGUCAGUGAGCACUUAGGGUGUCCAUUUUAAUGUACAGUCAGUGUUGUGUGUUCGACAAAGCUGUGUUUAGUAGAGCAUGCAGGGCUGGAGAGGUGUGUAAGCAAGGUGAGCAGUUCAAAGAAUAAGGAGAGAGACUCUGCUCACUUUCAACAGUGUUACCACUUUGUUUACUGGUUCACAGUGCAUUUCCCUGAAUGUUACCUGCUGUUUUCAGACAUCGACUCACUCUGGUUUCUUGUCAAUGUUUAACAAGGGAGCUGGCAGGAAACGUCUGCAUCCCCACCCCAUCCAGACAAUGUGGGGAAAUUCUCAGGAGUGAAUAGCUUGCAGCAAAGAAGCUCUUGUGUAUACACUUCAAGCACUUUACUCAGAAACUUUUAAACAGCCAGAUCAAAAGAAAGUAAAAGUUGGAGGAGUGGGUCUUUAUAGGAUAUAAAUAUCAGAUUGAAAAGUCUGAUUUAAUAAAACUAUCACAGAGCAGAGCAUGUAAACAGAUAUCUGUCCUCUCUUCCCUCAGGUGGAGUUCCCUGAAGCUCGGAUCUACGAGGAAACUCUGAACACGUUGCUUUAUGAAACAAUGCCACUGCCCGAUAACACCCUGCUUGAGGCCACACGCCGGAGCUACAACAACUGCGGCUCCCUCAGCGAAGAAGAGGAAGGGCCAGGGGGGUCUGAGCUUCGAGAGCGCGUCCGUCGAAUCCACGUCAAGAGGUACAGCACCUACGACGACCGGCCACUCGGACACUGAGACUGGAAUCACUGCACAGACUUCAGCUUUUCAAGUCAAGGACAAACAAUCAAACCUGAAACCUGAAGAUGUGUUAAGUUUCUCCUGUGAAUCAUUUUAUUAUUUUACUCUCUGUACCACUGUCUUUACAGCUCAACUGUUGCCUUAUAGUUUCCAUUUCUGAUGUUUUAACAGCAGGUAGCCUUGAUGUCAUCUGCUAAGUCCAUCUAAUUUAUGAAUUAUCAGAAAAUUCAGAGCAUCUUACAGAAACUCAUUAAAUGUAGACUAGUAGUAAAGGGUAAAUCACUAUCAUGUACAGGUGGAAUAAUGUUACAAUCAAAGCACUUAGAUUUUAAAUCAGCUGGAGAGCAUGUUUGAUAUUUAUAAAUUGUAUUUUUUAUUCACAACAUGUAUAACAACAUGUCAGUUUUCUAAAGAUGAGCCUGUCUGAGGUUUUUGGAAUUAGUGUGCCUUCAACAUGUUUUGCAGUUUACCAAAAUGCCUUUUUUCAAGUUUUGAGGAUAAAAGUUCUUCUUAUUCAACUA